GAGCAGCAUCACUUUCACCUACAAAAAAAUAUAUUCUCACCCUCGCAGAGUGAACAUAGCAACUCAAGAUGGCUUUCUUGAUCAAGAGCAUGAUUGGGAACCCCCUGUCGGGAAUUGGCCUUGGAGGUGGAGGUGACAAAGAAGAGGAGGCCGCCCCCACAGAUCCAGCCAAAGCAGCAGGGAUGACACGAGAAGAGUAUGAAGAGUAUCAAAAACAGGUGGUGGAGGAGAAGAUGGAGAGAGAUGCAGAUUUCUUAAACAAGAAAGCAGAGAGGGCGACACUCAGGGUGUGCCUCAGAGACAAAUACAGGCUGCCAAAGAGCGAGCAGGAUGACAACAUGAUUGAGAUGGCCGGGGACGACGUGGACGUUCCCGAGGAGCUGCUGAAGAUGGUGGACGAGGACGCCACGGAGGAGGAGGGCAAGGACUCCCUCAUGGGCCAGUUUCAGAACUUGCAGAACAUGGACAUGGACCAGCUGAAGGAGAAGGCGUCAGCCACCGUCACCGAAAUGAAGACAAAAGCAGAGGAGAAGUGCUCCGUCAUGUGAACAUGUGAGGGGGGGGGGAGUCUAUGUUUGAAUGAUGAGGAAGAAGAGGAAGAGAAUGACACAGGAAAAUGUAUUCCAACACUUUCCGGGAAUCUGCAGGCUGAGCUGUAUAAAUACAUUUGGGAUUUGGUUACAACAGCAAACCAAGAAUUUACUUUUAUCAUAAGCUAAAUCAUCCUGCUAACAUCUACUGAAGGAUUUACUGUAACAUUCCCUGUUAGCUUGUUUCUGAAUGGGUAGUCAUUUACAACUUAUGAUUGCAAUAAACUGAACAUAUUUGAAUUGCAACCACAGUGCCCCAUCUCACCCCAAUGGCUGU